AACCCAUUGAAGGGAUUUUGUUUAAUAAUAGUAGUAGGCUUUCGAAACUCAUAAUGCGAAUAGCGCGUAACUAACUCACAUUUCGGAUGCUGAAUUCUGGAAAGCGCAUGGAAACAUUUAGAAUGUCUUUACUAGAGCCAUACCCUCCCUGCGCUACAGAAACAUAUUAGUAGCUUAUUAUUGGUACCCAUUAUUUUUAGCAAAAGCAAGACUAAAAUUGAUGAAAUGUUGUUCGACGCAUUCACAAACCACAUUUUUGAUGAUAUCUUUGAUCUUCACGACCGUUCAAAACAUGCAACAUCUGCAUGGUUAAAUUGUUGGGGUCCUGCCUUUGAAUUAAGGGAAACAGAUAACACGCUUGAAGUAGACGUUGAAGUUCCUGGAAUUCCAAAGGACAAUUUGCACGUAGACUUGGAUGGUCGAAAGCUAACUGUUUCCGGAGAGCGGAAGCCUGACGAAUCUCAAGCUGGACCUCUCAUCCGCUGGAGUGAAAGAUGUUUUGGUGCUUUUUCUCGAACUAUAGCCCUUCCUCAACACGUUGAUGAUCGCAUGGUACAGGCUUCUCUGAAGGAUGGCAUACUGAGUAUCAUUAUGUACAAAAAACAGAUGGAAUCUAGCACGAAAAUUGUUGAAAUUCAAUGAUUUAUUUAAUUCAAUAAAUCUCCUCAAUUUUUAGGAUCUGAGUUUGGAAAGUGAUAAUGAUAUAUAUUACUCUUGUUGAGAUAUAUUGACAGAUAUAUGAAGAUGCUUGAGAGCUCAUGCUCAUUAACAACUUGUUCAUAUUCAUUACUAUCAUCAAUUGACAGAAGAAAUUUUUUUGGGAAGUAAUAACCGCGCACCAUUGCUCACUUUUUCCUCAAGAAUUUGACCAUCAAGUUGGUAUACUUGAGUCCACUCGAUUCACUUUUUCUUACAACUGCAGAAAUUUUCCUAACAAAUAGUACUGUAGGAACGGCUUUUAUGAAAGUGAAAAUAUCUACCAUUCACCGCGAAUGUACCCUUGAUAUAUUUCCAUAUCAACGAUUUGGUAUCUGUGUGCCAAAAGAAUAAAUUGAAGUUUAAGCAUAAUAAGGAUGAUAUAUUCAAGUUAACACAAAAACUAGGAUCGAAGACAAUGUAAUCAGAAAAGAGACUAUCUUUUCAUAGCAUUGAAGUAUUGUUUUCCUUGAUAUUCUUUUAUUUCUAU